GCUAAUUGUCGUCGUUAUUGUCUCAUUAGUUAUUGUGAACCCUCUGAUUAAGUGUGGCCUUAUGACAACGCGCAUUGAGUUGAGAAAAAUCACUAUUAACGGACCGAAUCCUUCACGAUUCGACGAUUCCAUAGCAUUAAAGAUUGUAUUGGAAGUCUUUGAAAAAGCCCCUGUGGCACCCAUUGAUAUCCGCUUCAUCUGGUCACCCAUUUGGGACUUUCCUGUGGAUCAGGUCCUGGAUGAGUUGGAGGUUGGCCCGCUAACAAGCCUAGGAAAGCAUGAGUUUUUAAUAGAAAGUGAUCCACCGGAUUUUCGAAAGAUCCCUGACCCAACAGGACCCACAGCGCUGGUCAUUUCGUUUUGUUACCUAGGGAGGGAAUUUCUACACGUUGGCUAUAACGUUAUCGUAUCGUGCAAAGGAGAGAUCCCCGAGGUUUUUACAUCGGCAGAGUGCUUAACUCGCCAUCUAGGACGAUGCUUUACAAAGCCCAAAAGCAUUUUCUGGGAUGCUGCUGACGACGAAGGCCACCAAGAGGAUAAAUCCAUGAGUAACCUUGAGGAGCAAGCGUCGAAAAAAAUUCGACAAGAAGAGGGCUAACCAUUCAGUCAGUUCUAUUCUGAGGCAGCGGUCGCGCAUUGGUUAAGCUGUUUUGAGUUGAAUACUGUGUUAAUAUGCUUAGCAUAAGCAGAAACCAUAGACUACUUAAUAUGGAAGUGCGUAA